UCCCAGUCCAUCCCUGGUGGUAGGCCUACGUUCAGCUUUACCUACUGGACCGUGGUAAUGUGCCGUUCUGCGACGGCUUUCUUCCAUUAAUGUGAAUCUCUUAUUGUAUCAGCCGAAGCCACGACUGACUUCAAAGCGUUUGGCUCUUUCUGAGGUAACUACAGCCGUCGUCGUCAUCGCGGUUUGAGUCACGACAAAAACUCCUCUCGUCACAACAAGCCUCGGAAAAUCCGCUAGAAGCAGUUGGCUACGGAGGAUGAAAGGGGCUGCACCUGUCCCUGCCUGGCUGCUUGCCUAGCUAACCUUGAGGACCGAGCGGACCACAUCUGGAGGGAGGCCAGUAGAUGGUGUGCGGAGGAGAGCGACGACAACAGACGAGCUGAGGAUUUUCCCCCCGUUGGUUUGUUCUCCCUCUGAACCCACGCUCACAGACCUCACUACUGGAUAGAACAAAACAACCUUGAUCUGUGGUAAUAUAUUCCCAAACAUAUGGUUACGGCCAUGUUGAAAGCCUGUUCGUUAUAGUGUGUUUUUCCUGAAAUCUCCUUUUUCCCUCUCGCCAAUGUCCCCCGAUGGAGAGACUACGGAGAGAAUCAGGAUAGUGAGGAAAAGUUAAAGAAAGCAACAAACAAAAAAAGCUUCUAGAAGAUUCCGUCGAAAUCGAAUUAUUUCUGCACAUUAAAGGGCAAUAACAAAAGACCCUAUAGCCAGGGGAUAAAUCCUGCCUUUUUUUAGCUGUGGAGAAUUAGCAGUCCAGGAGAGCCACAGGAGCAGGAGGGAUAAGGGCCAGAGGAGGGAGAUGAGAUCCUGGAAGGGAAUGUGUGGGGUAUGGGGCACCAGCACCUGGCCUCUGCUGUUGUUGACUGGAAUGCUGCUGACGAGCGCAUUGGAGUACGAGGGACUUCCUGGCCAGUGGGCGCGUUACGGCCAAUGGGAGUCCGCCAAAGUGUCGGGCGAGCUCAGCUUGCUCCUGAAGACCAACAGCAGCAAGGCCCUCGUUCUGUACCUGGACGACGGCGGCGACUGCGACUUCCUGGAGCUGCUGGUCGCCGACGGGCGGCUCCAGCUGCGCUUCACCAUCCACUGCGCCGAGCCGGCCUCCCUGCACACGGAGACGCGCGUCGACGACCGGCGCUGGCACCGCGUCCGGCUCACGCGCAGCUACCGCCAGACCCGGCUGGAGGUGGACAACGAGGACAAGGCGGUGGAGGUGCGGUCCAAGAGGAGCGAAAUGGCGGUGGCCAGCGACCUGUUCGUGGGCGGCGUCCCUCCCGACGUCCGCCUGUCCGCCCUCACGUCCAGCACCGUCAAAUACGAGCCCCCGUACCACGGCUUGAUCGUCAACCUGAGGCUGGGGGAGAGCCAUCCCGUGUUGCUCGACAGCCAGGGGGUCGCGAGCGACGCGGAGUAUCUGUGCUCCACCCACAACCCCUGUGGUCACGGUGGCCUGUGCUCCACCCAGGAGGUAGAAGUCCAAUGUGACUGCGCCAACACUGGCUACAAGGGGAAAUACUGCCAUGAAGUUAUCCAGAAGGCAGGAGAAGUGCUCCAUGAAUAACACCACCGACCCCGAUGACCCUUACCUUGAAAUGGAGCAGAGAGGCCGCAAGCCAAGUCCAGCAGCUGCCCAGCUCAGAGAGCUUCAAACACGGGGACACAGCUGGCAUCAGCGAGCCUCCGUCUCUGAGCACCAGUGACCUUGGUCUAAUCCCUCAUUAGAAUAUUCUCCUUCAAAAGCUCUCUUAAUACUCGAUGAAAAAAAACUGAAAAAAAAACAAAGCAGAACUCAGCAAAAUCACGAAUCCUGCACCCCUUUUCUUGCGACGGCCCCAUGUCGCAAGGCACGGAAGGGGCAAGGUCAAAGGUCAGCGGGCCGUCCCGAAGUGUUGGUUGCCUUUCUUAAAGUGAUGAUAAUACACGAGUCAAAACCAUAGUGUAAGCUAAAGCUGAGGGCUACUGGCUAUAUAUAAGUGAAUCAUUUUUUAACCAAGCAGGAUACUACACACCCAGCGGGCUUUUAUAACACAAAUGACUAUACUUAAAAAAUAAAAAAUAGCGUUGA